UCGAUGUGGACAUAACGUCACUGACACAAGUCUCAAGCUCAACUCGCCUUUAAAUCCGAGCGAGCGAGACUGAGAAUGACAUUUGAAAUUGGUGGUUAAAAAUUAAGGGGAACACGGUUACGGACAAAAGGGUGAAAUUCUAGUGAGAGUUUAACCAGUUAUUUAUGGAUUUGUGAAUCGAUUCAGAGGCAAAAUCAUGGACGUGGACAACGACCUGGAUCAAAAUCUGCUGCAGCAAUUUAGCUGUAUGGGCACGACGGACAAAGAUGACCUGGUGAAGCAACUCCAGAGGCUGCUCGCGGGUAACCAGCUCAACGAGACAACCGCCACCUUCUUCCUGGACAUGAAUAACUGGAAUCUUCAAGCGGCGAUUUGCAGUUAUCUCGAUUUCGAAGUGCCCCACAAAUUGCCAAGCAUGGCUCUGCUCUGUGAUUCGACGAUUGGCGAGGGCGAGUCAGUGCCGCCGAAUACCAAAUUUCAAAAGUCCUGGAACAUACAAAACAGCGGGACCGAGACGUGGCCCGAGGGAAUUUGUUUAAAGCACACUGGUGGAAUUACAAUGGGCGAUUGUGUCAGUGUACCUGUUCCUCAAUUACCUCCAAAAGACACCAUGGAACUUAGCGUAAUAUUAACGAGUCCGACCGAACUCGGCGUUUUUCAGAGUAAAUGGAGAAUGAUGACGUCCACCGGAUCUUACUUCGGAGACAUCAUCUGGGUGAUAAUAACAGUGAGCGAAAGUGGAACCUUGGCUGUGACUCAGCAGCUCCACCAGUUAAGUACUUCACAAUCCAGCGACGUCCAGAUGUGCUAGCCUUCGUCUUUGACGACUCUCGAUUCGCUCCUUUCUGUCGGAGCAUUCUUUUUACCCCCAAAAUCCGAACUACGAGAAGCAGCAAAGCCGCAAGAUGAAAAUGGAGGAACGAAUCAAGGAAUGAGGGAAACAGAGACGGAAACUUUUUGUCGAGCCUCGGUUUAUUUAAACAAGUUGAAACUUAAAUCUUAAAACGGUACGUCGUCGAAGCUCCGCUUCUUCCAGUCUUUCAAUUUUAACCAUUUUAAUAAUGUAGAUAAAUCACCUCGAAUUCCGCUCAAGUUACACACCGACUUCUCAGUGAAUUAGAGCGAUUGACAAAAAAAAACGGAACGGCCUUGGAACAUCGAGUGUAUAUACACACACCAACACAGAGAGUUUCAUAAAAAAGAAAAAGAAAAAUGAAAAAAAAAAAAAGCCCAAUAAAUUAUCCCUAAUUUCUUUGAGUUUCCUUCACUUUGAGCUCGAGGGCGAGAAGAAUUUAGAGGAAUAUUAACUAUUGAUAGAAAUAGAUUCAGAUUUUACGAUUGCUUUUUAUUUUCUAGCAAUGUCGACCGAAAAGGAAAAUUAGGUUCUUAAGUGCAACGCGUUUUAUUCGCGUUUCAGAUUAGCGUAAAGUCAGGAGUUGGAAGAUGAAUAUAAGAGUGUCCUUUAUUAAGAUUAUCAUUUUUAUUAGGAAAUAAAGUAUACUUAUUGAUAGAUA